CAUGCACUUAUUGUAGAUUUUAGACACAUCCUGCUGGUGUACUGGUGUUAUGUUGUACACGCAAAUUAAGCUAACUUUCAUCAUGAUAGUACUCAUUUGCACAACCAGACUCGGGGUUUCUCAAAAAAGCUAUGUGAGUAAGCUGCAGCAAACACUUUACGAUUCAGUUACUAUAUCACCCUGUUUACUUGCCAAACAUCAAAUCUUCCUCCAUCCGAAAUCUCUCCUUGUAAGCCCAAAACUAAGCAACGUAGCUUUUUUAUUAAAUUUCAUUUGAAUAGGCUACAAUAUAUGGAAUCAUUUCAUUAACUUCGAUAUUCAGGAACGGAAACUCGUGGUCUGAGUUAGAUACCAAGAGGAAUAAUGGCCGGGUUCGGGUUUUUCGAAAAGAUGUACAGAGAGACAUCAUAUCCGCCGAUACCAAUGGUAAUAAUAUCUUCUGUCUUCCACAUACUUUCACACCAGUCAUACUUUAAUACGUAUGUCAUAAUUUUAUGCCCCUGUGUAAUAAUAUAAGCUUUUCCAUUCGGCUUUAAGACAUUCCACAUUUGCUUCAUGAACUUAGGAUAAAGCUAAAAAAAAAAUAAGAGCAUGUGAGUAAAAAAAAGGCAGUCUAACCACAUACAUGUGUGUAAUGUACCGAUUUGAUUUGUGAGUACGAGU